CUCUCUCUCUCAUACAGGCUCCACUUUGCUCUUAAGCUCUCUCUCCGGACAGAAGACGCAUUCUACACCUCCAAACACGACCCUCUCUCUCUCUCUCUCUCUGUGCAGUUACAGUGAAAAACAGAGCGCUCUGAUGCAGCAUUUCAAGCUGGCGAUCGAAAACCAAGAUAGCGCUGUCUGGGAAAUCAAGCCUAAGAACAGGCGAAUCAUGGGGGGUGGAGGUCCCGAGGAAGAAGACAACAAUAGGUGGCCACCAUGGUUGAAGCCUCUGCUCAGAGAGAGCUUCUUCGUGCAAUGCAAGGUACACGCAGAUUCUCACAAGAGCGAGUGCAACAUGUAUUGCUUGGAUUGCAUGAAUGGCCCUCUCUGCUCUCUCUGCCUCUCUUCUCACAAGGAUCACCGCUCAAUACAGAUAAGGAGGUCGUCGUACCAUGAUGUGAUCAGAGUUUCGGAGAUACAGAAGGUGCUGGACAUCACAGGGGUUCAGACAUACGUCAUAAACAGCGCGAGGGUCGUCUUCUUGAACGAGCGGCCUCAGCCCAGGCCUGGCAAAGGCGUGACCAACACUUGCGAGGUGUGCGACCGAAGCCUCCUCGAUUCCUUCCGGUUCUGCUCUCUGGGCUGCAAGAUUGUGGGGACAUCGAAGAAUUUCGUGAAGGAGAAGAAGAAGAAGCUCAAGAGGUCUUCAUUGGUGUCCGAGGACGACUCCGAAGAUUCGUACAGCAGCAGCAGCCGCCCUGGGGCCGGCCAUGGGCAUGGGCGGCGCAAGGUGAGCAAUAAAGUCCAGACCUUCAGCCCCUCGACGCCCCCUCCAACAGCCCCGAGUUACCGGAUCGCCAAGCGGAGGAAGGGAAUCCCCCACAGAGCCCCAAUGGGGGGAUUCGUCAUAGAAUAUUAGCCACACCCUUGGUGCUGCUACAGAUGAUCAUAGCCUUAGAAAAAAAAAAAAAAAACAGGGUCCCUCUUUUCUUCUGUCGUUUAACUUAGAGCUGCGUGUAUAUAGAAGAAGCAUGUGGAAGAUUGGAGUGUAAGUGAAGAAAAGAAGGGGAAUAAGAAAUAAAACGCCAGCGACUGCAAAUGGUGAAUCUGGGAAAACGUCGGAUUAAGAAGAGAUUAAGUCCAGGAUGAAGCAGAAAACAUCAUGUGAUCAUGUCGGCUUGCUUGCUUUCUUUCUUUCUUUUCAGCUUCUGGGUAUCCUAGAGUGGUAAUGUAAGACAUAAGUUUUGGCACAAAUGUAUAUAGAGUGUUGCUCCCAAUGUCUAGGAGGGGAAUGUGUAUACAGCUCAGUGAAAUUAAGUAA